AUGUUUUUAAAAGAUAUAUAUCGUAAUACUGAACAGCUUAAAAAAAAGAUACAAAAUAAAACUGUUUUGGUGAUUGGUGGUGCCGGUAGUAUCGGCAGUUCCUUCAUUCGAGCUAUCCUGCCAUUUAAACCACAGACAUUAGUUGUAGUGGAUACUAACGAAAAUGCUCUUGCGGAGCUGACUCGUGACCUUCGCUCUACCAAGGGAAUGUAUGUACCAGAGGAUUAUAUUACCUAUCCGAUGGAUUUUGCAUCUCCAGUCUUUAAGAAAAUGUUUGUAAAGUAUGGCGGUUUUGAUAUUGUUGCUAACUUUUCAGCGCACAAGCAUGUUCGCAGUGAGAAGGAUAUAUAUUCUGUGGAGGCCUUAAUUCAGAAUAAUGUUCUUCAUGCCAAGAAGCUGCUUGACUUAUUAAAGAAAUUUCCGCCAGAGGAGUAUUUCUGUGUGUCUACUGAUAAGGCUGCUAAUCCUGUGAACAUCAUGGGGGCUAGUAAGCGUAUCAUGGAGGAUGUUAUUUUCUCAUAUUCGGAGUAUUUUCCUGUUAAGACUGCGCGUUUUGCUAAUGUGGCAUUUUCAAAUGGUUCAUUACCAGCUGGUUUUUUAGCUCGUAUUGCUAAGUUACAGCCGUUGAGUGCUCCAUCUGAUAUUAAGCGUUAUUUUGUAUCGCCAGAGGAAAGUGGUCAGAUAUGCAUGUUGGCUUGUAUGCUGGGAAAUAAUCGUGAAAUAUUCUUUCCUAAGCUUGAAGAAGCACAGAUGAUGACUUUUGAUAAGAUUGCUACAGAGUUAUUGCAUGAGCAUGGCUAUGAAGUAUUAGAGUGUGAAUCAGAUGAGGAAGCUAUAGAAAAAGCUGAGCAGCUGCAUAAUGGAAGCAAGCAGUAUCCAGUUCAUUUUUCUGCUUCAAAUACUUCAGGAGAAAAGGGAUUUGAAGAGUUUUUCACUGAUACUGAGAAUGUGGAUAUGAAUCGUCUUCAUGCUUUGGGGAUUGUGACAGAUAAGGCAGUUCCAAACAAGGAAAAGAUUGAAGUAUUAUUUGCAGAUUUAGAAACAGUACUCUGCGUUGAUACCACUGCU